AUGAAGAAGAAGAAGUCUAAGAAGAUACCAGACUCGACAGAUUCGGCAGUGCCCGCUGUUAACAAAACUGCCGACUCUCGCCCGGAAACAUCAGUUUUCACCGCGCCCAUCAAAACCUUUCAAACAAAUGAUGGCUCUCGAUUUAACAUUCUAUUGCCGCUACUUAAAGAAUGUCCAAAAUUGGCUGACAAAGUUUCUGAUCAAUGGGGUAUUGAACCUAAACUUGACAUUACCCCCCAGGUUGGCCAUAUAUUGGUGAAUUAUCUGUUCACCAAAAGAUAUGAGCACAUCAGACCGGAAGGCUCGUCGGAUGAAGAGCGUUUCCUUGCAGAAUUGGCCACGGAUAUCCGUGUCUAUGCUUUUGCUCAACAAAUGGAUUUCGUAUCGCUUCAGAAUCUCGCGAUUUGCGAGAUUCAGCGAAUUGGGAGAUUGCUUCCAUUCGUUACCAUCGUCGAUCAGGUGAGGAUCGCAUAUCCGCAGAUUCCUUCCGACGAUCUCUGGUUCAUCGGAUACUUGAAAUCUGGGAUCAAGUCAUUGGCAGAGAGUGAAUCGGCCCUGCCCAAACAGGGCACACUCAGCGUUAGUGACGUACUGUUGCAAGGUUUCAUCGAGUCAUAUACCAGUGGUAUAAGUUCCGGCAAAAGGUCACCGAAAGCUACUCCCUGUACUUCGCAAGACGGGUUCACGCUCGUGAUGUCGCAAAUUACCGAGUCAGAACCGGAAGCAAAUGCCGAAGGCUCGCUGAUGAAUCAUCGGCUUGGAGCUGAAUCUGAAGCCGAGCCACCAGUCCACAGGGAUCGCCACGAGAGCGAUGAGGGGCUUCGAGGCAGUCUUUUGGAGGAAAAACGAAGCGAAGUGGAAACCUGUCCGUUGGUGGAUGAGCUCAAGAUCGAGCCUGAGAUUGAAGCUGAGAAACCAAUCGCUGAUGAGACCGCUCACAAUGACAAUGACAUCUGGGGCAGCUGUAGCAGGAGGGAACCAGCGAAGACGAGCCCGGGCCGGCAUCUGACUCAGCCGCUACCCGAUUUCGAGCCUAGGAAGCCUGUCGUUGAAAGCAUAUUUACUUUUGGUGAAACAGGCUGGGGUGGGCAGCCAACGUGCCCACUGCGCUCAGAGCAUGUCUUUGGCGAUGGAUUGACCGGCUGCACCAACUGCCAGAACUUUGUUCAUCGAAUCUCAAAGAAGUUCGCCACGGCUCAAAUUUAG